GAUAAAUUGUGAUGGUUGGUGGACAUGUGAUGAUUUAGUUAAUCAGGUAGUUGAAUGUGCUAUACCAAUAUUUGAACGAAUACACCCCAACAAGAUAGCUCUAUUCAUGUUUGAUAAUAGUAGCAAUUAUGGUUCAUUUGCUAAAGAUGCCCUUUUGGUCUCGCAAAUGGGUAUGAAAAACGGUACACAAAAACCACUUCUUCAUGAUUAUACAAUGCCUGAUGGUUCAAAGCAUAUAAUGACCUAUAUAGACAAUGCUAAUGUAAAAAGGCCUAAGGGAAUUAAACGGGUUCUUGAAGAAAGAGGUUUAUAG